AAGAAACAAGAGCACAUGGCUACCAUGGCCGAGCGCCUCGCCCUCGCCUUUCUGUUUGCGGCCGCCGCUGCUCUGGCGGCAUCGGCGGUGGACACCAAGCUGACCCUGCAGAACCUCUGCCCGUUCCCCGUGCACCCGCUGGUCACCCCCAACGGGAACUUCUCCUCCAUCUCCGACAACACCGUCCACCUCGACCCCAACCGGGGGCUGGUCUCCUUCCCCUUCCCGGACACCUUCUGGGCUGGCAGCGUGGUGGCGCGCACCUUCUGCAGGACGCCGACCAGCUGCGACACGGGCUCGUCGCCGCCGAGGACGGUGGUGCAGCUGGCCGUGCACUCCACCGAGGACCUGGCGACGUACAGCGUGAGCCUCGAGGACGGCUUCAACCUGGCGACGGUGGUCACCCCGCUGUUCAGCGGCGGCGGGCAGUGCCCGGCGCUGGGCUGCCCGCUGAACCUCACCAACGGGUGCCCCGUGGAUCAGGUCAAAUUCGACGACUGCGGCGUCAUGGUGGCGUGCAAGGGGGACCCCGGGUACUUCAAGCGGCGGUGCCCGCUGACGCGGGUCAACGGUACCGACCGUGAGCCACUGCCACAGAGCUGCAUCGCGCCCCGCGAGCUCAAGGUCGUCUUCUGCCAGAAGGAGCUCGCCCAUCUGACCAUGGUCGGUGCCGCCUCCGCCCAGACGGAGCUCGCCCAUCUGACCAUGGUCGGUGCCGCCUCCGCCCAGACGGAGCACCUGUAAUUUCAUGAUAAAUAAGCAGCUGCUCAGCAUUCAACUUACUGUGAAGAGAAACAGAUUGAUGCGCCAAUCGGGCUCUAUCAUACUGUAAAUCUUCGAAAGUGAGCCUAUUACAUUGUAACUGGCCUGUCGAUAUAGAGGCAGCCCAGGCACAAAUGAAAUGACGAUAGUGAAGUCC